CAUUCAAGCCGUCUGCUCGUCCAGUGGCUCAAAGGCCGGCGUAUAGAUUUGCAGGUGCCCCUCCGGCUUGUUAGCCAUGGCCUUGGUCGAGCCGCCCACCACAUAGAACCGGCCGUCGAGCACAGCGCCCCCGGUGCCGUGUAUCUGCUGAGGCAGUGCCGUGGCCUCGGUCCACUUCCAGCUGCUUGCAUCUUGCUCAGCGCAUGGCUGUGCUGCAAGGGCCUCCAAAGUGCUCUUCAGUCCUCCUGUGGUGUCGUCAGCUGUGUCGGUCUUGAGGGCUGCGAGUGCACUCGUGGCCUUGGCCUGCUGGUGCUGGCAGAGCCGUCGUGAGGGCAGCAGCUCGACGCUUGUGAGGGCGUAGGGGCCGGCCUGCUGGUCGAUGGCGAAGACCACCUCCCCGCCGGCCACCACCACAUGGUCAUUCAUCACCCCAACCGCAAAACCCGCUCGCAUAUGCUGUUAGACACACACAGAGAGACAGUCACCUGGAGUGUGCGUGUGUUGCGUCUGCAUCAAGACUGACGUUCAGCUGUGGGCCGUUCGUCCACUUUGAUGUGUCGGGGUCGAAUAUGUCGACGCUCGUGCGCUCGCUGCCGUCGGUUUCCCACUUGCCGCCAAUGACCAGAAGCUCGUUGUCGAGGAAAGCGGCGCCCACAUGCUCCCGCCGCCGUGGCGGGCCCUCGUCGUGCACCUCCCAGGUGAACGUGGCCGGGUCAUAUAUCAGCAUCUCGUUACCCGACAGCUCCCCGCCGACCACGUAGACCUUGCCAGUCUCGGGCUGCGUGACGGCCGCACCGGCCGCACGAGGGAGCGGCAAAGGCGGCAGCCACUCCCACUUGUCAGUCGUCGCAUUGUACAAAAACGCGUUGGUCGCCGGGGCGCGAUCGACCCAGUCGCCCGUGAAGCCGCCGAGUGCGAUAAACGAGUCGCCGAGAGAGCCGUCCGAGUUGAGCAAGGGAGCGGCCAUCAGGUGAUGCCGACCUGCGUGACGUAACACACACACCAUACAGACGUACAGACACUGAGGUGCGUCCUAAGCUGCCUUGCUGGCUGACCUUCGGGCAUGGGGGCGACGGUCUCCCACUUUUGGGUCUUGGGGUCGUAUCUCUCGACUGUUUUGCUGACAUCCCCAUAGCCGCCCAUCGCGUAUAUCUGCCCACACACAACAUAACACACCACACGGCACACUGAUUGGAUGGGCGGCUGUGCGGCGGACAGCUGUCUGCUCACCUUGCCGUCGGCGAGAGCAACCACCGCGAUCUCUGCCCUGAAUGGCUCCGGCAUCAGCUGCCCCUCCUCCCACCCCCCCUCCGCCAUAGUACAGGGCGCCAAAGUCACCGCAGUGUCAUCACCAGGCCCGCGCAGCCGCCUCCUGCUCGUGUCACCCGUCGACUCACAGAGCGUGACGUUUGGCUUUUGGGCGUAGAGGACGCCGAGCUGCAGGAACACCGCAAGCAGGAACACACCUGCCCGCAUUGAUGUGUAGCAGCGCAGCAUAGUA